AUGUCAGGCAAGUUCACUUUCGUGAGAUUGGUCUCGGCUUCUCACUUUUCUUUUUCCAAUCGUUUGUUCCAUUCCUUGUUCUGGUGUGGUUUGAGCGACACUAAGAUUGUUCCUUAUCCUGGAACAGUCCUGAGCGGACAAGGUACUGCAAUCCGACAGGUUCGGCUUUUUUACUCCACAAAGUAUUACCAUAAACAUAGUAAUGCUAAGUGCUCUCAAUCCCCACUAGCUUCAGCUUGUGCUUCAAAGAAUACUGAUCAAACUGAUACGAGGGAAUUGGAAUUCUUAGAAAGUGACACGAAGCUCCUCGAGAAUGAAUUUGAGGAUAUAGCAAGUAAUCAAUAUAGCACAAAGCGGAGCUGCUUAUCGGAUCCCUCUUCAGAAUUGGGGAUCAAAGUUGGUGAUAUCAAUCGUUGUACACUAGCAAGCCACUUAAUGUCUUCCACUACAAGCAUCGGGCUUCACAAUGAGGAUGUUAAUAACACUAGUGGAACCGGAGAUGCGGGGAUUGGACUGCAAUGGCCCGAACCCACUCUUGCUGAUCUGGAUCGCUCAAUUCCUCAGGUAGAUUCUGAAUUUAUCGCAAACCUCAUUCGAUGCCGUACCGUCCGUCGGAAUGAUUUUCUGAAACGCAAAACCGAAAUCAAGGCACGUGUCGAAGAGCUUAGUAAACAAGAAAUGAAGACAAUCACGGAAGCAGUAAGUAUGCCGCGUGUAGGUGGAUGGGGUUUUUGGAAGCGUGGAUUAAAUAAUAUUGAUGAAACAGCAUUGGUGGCAACUAGUGCCCAGGAUAACGUGAUGGCGCCCAAAAGUGUGCUCGCGCAGCUCACCCCAGAGGAAUUGGACAUAUUGCACACGACUCGUCCAGAGUACGAUGAUGGUUUUUUCUUACUUGAUUGUCGAACAGUGAACGAGAUUACGUCGUGGGGGAUUAUUGAAGGCGCCAAAGUGCUUCCAGCACACGAGCUCUUUGAAGCCUUUCAUGCUACUCCAGCGGAUUUCUUGGAAGAGUACGGCUUUACCAAACCCAGUCCGGCUCAGAUGAUUAUUUGCUACUGCCAGUACGGCCCUCGCUCACUGAUGGCCGCGCAAAUUCUAAGCUGGAUGGGGUACCUUAACGUCCUGCAUUUUCGUGACGGCUACUAUGAAUGGAGUAAGCAAUACAACCUACUCCUGCGACGUUGGAUGGAGCAUGAUCGCAGCAGCGGGAAUGAGUUGCGCCGGGUCGCAACCUUUCGCGCAGCUCUCGAAAUGCAGCGUGAGAUUGCACCCGAGUUUACAGCCUUGGCUAUCCAAGAGGCCUCGCAGUAUUAUGUAGACACUACACGUAGUAGAGGACGGCUCCGCAUCGGUGAAGGGUUGCGCGCGAAUGCGUACGCCGCGGUGGCAAAGCUUAUGGAAGAAAUGCCCCUCCCUCCGGGCCUUCCUGGUGUAGCUGAAGAUGUAAAGUUGGACAAACAAUUCCUUACAGGGCAACAUCUCACGAAAUUCCUAGGGCAAGCCACGGGUUUAGACCCUAUUGCAGCGAAGGAUACCGGCACAGAAUCCAAUAUGGGCAUAUCGGACGCUCAAUCUAUCGCACUUAGUCCCAUCUCAUCUGCCUUACCUCGUCGGUCAUCAUAA